AUGACAGUACAUAUAUCUAUGGAUGAGAUAUUAAGUAAGUUUUCAUCAUUACAAAAGAUUAGUCGCAUUAUUGCAUAUUGCCGGCGAUUUUUGAGGUCACGUACAUCUAUUCCUGUCACGAAGAUUAUAAAUGCUGACGAGAUGGCACAAGCGUUGUCUACUUUAAUUUAUGUAACGCAACGACAGGUGUUUGCCGAAGAGAUAGCAAAAUUGUCAAACGGCCAUUCUUGUUCGAAACCUUUCCGUAUGUUAGAUUUGUUUAUCGAUAGAGAUGAGCUUCUCAGAGUGGGCGGUCGACUCCGUCAUGCUGAUAUUCCAUACAUGCAAAAACAUCCUGUAUUAUUACCCUCACACCAUCGUCUGACAGAUCUCAUAAUUGAUCAUCAUCAUCGUAUGUUACAUCAUCCAGGUGCCAUGGCCCUUCAAACGCAUCUACAACGAAAAUUUUGGAUUUUAUCUGCUCGCCAAGCCAUUCGAUCGCGGCUCCGUCUCUGUAUGCCGUGUUAUCGAACUCCACCUCGAAGUGUUCAACCGAAAAUGGCAACUCUACCAAAAUACCGGGUUCAACAGAUCAAACCCUUUUCUGUAACGGGAGUUGAUUAUGCUGGUCCAAUUACUUUAAAAGGACAGCGUGGUCAAUCUUCACCGCGUAGAAAUGCCUACAUUUGUUUAUUUGUAUACACAGCAACAAAAGCUUUACAUUUAGAACUCAGCUCCGACUUAUCUACGGAAACUUUUCUACUCGCGUUUACUCGUUUUGCUGCUAGGCGUAGACCGAUUAAAGAAAUACAUAGUGACUGUGGUUCUAAUUUCGUUGGCGCAGUAAAUCUCCUAAAUCCAUUACAGCAUCUUGUAACCUCAACUACGUUCCAAGAUCGAGUUCGCAAUCAUUUAUCGAAGGCUCAAAUUACUUGGCAUUUUAAUCCUCCUUCAUCACCCCAUUUCGGAGGUCUUUGGGAAGCCAGAGUGAAGUCUACGAAAUCGCUAAUUUCUCGCUCAAUCGGGAUUCAUAAACUAACUAGUGAAGAAUUGAUCACGUUACUGACAAAAAUUGAGGCCACUCUAAACUCACGACCCUUAUGUGCUUUAAGUAACGACCCAAAAGAUUUAGAAGCCUUAACUCCUGGUCAUUUUUUAAACUUGGAACCCCCAACUUCUCUGCCUGAUCCUUGUUUGGAAAACUUACCACUUUCAAAAAUGCAACGUUGGCGCUUGGUAUCGGAUAUUCAUCGGCACUUUUGGACUCGCUGGAAAAAUGAAUAUUUGUCAACUCUUCAACUCCGUAAAAAAUGGACAGAACACGGCAAACCAUUGAACGUAGGUGAUCUUGUAUUAAUAAAAGAAAAUACUCCUCCAUUGUAUUGGCGAUAUGGGCGUAUCCUUGCGUUACAUCCUGAAGCAAAUGGUGUGUCUCGUGUGGCCACUGUCCAUACUGAUUUAACUCGACCAGCAGUUAAACUUUGUCCAGUGCCGUCUUCUUGUUGA